AAACAGACUUUAUUUGGACUUGUCCGUCUUCCAGGGCUGUGGGGCAUAAACCACAAGUGAAAACAAGCAGGACCAUAUGAAACUUCCGUCAGAAAAUGGCUACGCCGGCAGCAGUUUCCACGGAUGGAGCGAGCUCCAGUACUCAUGGAAAUCGAAAGAUGGCUUCUUCAGAGCUCCUUAGCAUCUCUGGUUCAUCCCAGACUAACAAAAAAACCAUGGGCCACCGAGGAAUUGACCCCACUGGGGAAACCACAUAUAAAAAGACAACAUCAUCUGCUCUGAAAGGUGCCAUUCAGCUGGGCAUCACACACAGUGUGGGAAGCUUGAGCCAGAAGCCAGAGAGAGACGUGCUCAUGCAGGACUUUGAAGUGGUAGAAAGCCUCUUCUUUCCCAGUCAAGGCAGUAACUCAACUCCAGGUCAUCACCAUGGUGACUUCAAGUUUAAAACUUAUGCUCCCAUUGCUUUCCGCUACUUCAGAGAGAUGUUUGGGAUCCGACCCGAUGACUAUCUGUACUCUCUUUGCAAUGAACCCCUUAUUGAGCUGUCUAAUCCUGGAGCGAGCGGGUCUCUCUUCUACGUUUCUGGUGAUGAUGAAUUUAUCAUCAAGACGGUACAACACAAAGAGGCAGAAUUCUUGCAAACACUCCUGCCAGGUUACUUCAUGAAUCUGAACCAGAACAUGCGUACGCUGCUUCCCAAGUUCUACGGCCUCUACUGUGUUCAGGCUGAGGGGAAGAACAUCCGAAUUGUAGUGAUGAACAACCUGCUGCCACGCGCUGUACCCAUGCACCUUAAAUUUGACCUGAAGGGCUCAACGUGCAAGCGGCGUGCUUCGCCGAAAGAGAAAGCCAAGGAUUUGCCCACGUGCAAAGACCUAGAUUUCAUGCAGGACAUGCCUGAGGGCAUAUUACUGGAGAGUGACCACUACAGUGCCCUCUGCAAGACCAUUCAGAGGGACUGUCGGGUACUACAAAGUUUUAAAAUCAUGGACUAUAGUCUGCUGGUGGGUAUCCACAACUUGGACCGGGCCGGUGAAGAGGCAUCAUCUGCAGUGCCUGAUACCCAGAAAAAGGCACCAGGCCAGAAGCCCCUGUACUGUACAGCCAUUGAGUCUAUUCAAGGGGAGUCCAAGGGCAAUACUUCACCACAGCCCUACGAAAGCAUGGGAGGAAUUCCAGCAUUUAAUUCGAAAGGAGAAAGAUUACUGGUUUUCAUCGGCAUCAUUGAUAUCCUUCAGUCUUAUAGGCUUGUAAAGAAGUUGGAGCACUCGUGGAAGGCUUUCCUGCAUGAUGGGGACACUGUAUCUGUUCAUCGGCCGAGUUUUUACGCAGAUCGUUUCCAGAAAUUUAUGUGCAGUACAGUCUUCAAAAAACCUCCUUUGAAAAUGCCAACCACAAAGAAAAGUCGAGGAGGAACUGCGUCUUGUGGGAAGAAGUCAAACAUUGCAGUAUCUGGACAAUCACAACAAUCCCUUCCUGUAGCAGCAGAACAAACGCAGCCACAACAGACUACAACGCAGCUGUCCAGCAGUGGAGCUGUGUCCCUCAGCCCAGACACUCAAGGAGACAGAGGUGUGCAGAUUACUCGUCCUGACCUGCUCCCACAACAGCUUAAUGAAGAUGAGAUCACAAGUAGCUCAGCUGAUACGACUCUGUCAGCAGCCUCCCCUGAAAGCUCUCAGCACUCAAACACUCCAGCUCAGAGUCAUAGCAGUAUAGCUGCCCAAUCAUCCAUGGAAAUCUUGUAUGUGGAAGCCAGUUUCACUCAGUGAGAUCAAGCACAUCAGAAUGAAAGCCUUUGGAUGAACAGAACAAAAUAAAGCCCUCAAGGACAAUGAUUUGUUCUCUUUUAAGGUCAUCAGUACAGGAAGAAAAAGAAAAACAUUAAAGUAUGAUUAUCUUGCUGUAACACCUGGAGAACUGGAAACCAGAGAAUCUGGAUAACAAAAGAGAGAAGAGCACGUUCAUAAAACAGUAAAGACGUAAAGACAAAGAUGCCCCCCCCCACCUUUUUAUGUAUUUUUAUUUUUUUUGGGAUGUCAACAGAAUGGCGUCCAAUAUUGCUGCUAUGAAAUGGAACCAAAAGAAAGAUGCCACUGUAGUACCUCAACAGUGUGAUAUCACUGUUCUCAAACAGUG